GGGCGGCUGCGCAGCGCUGCUCCGUUUUCGCCGCCGCCUUCCGUCUCCGUCUGCGUCUCCUCGCGUCUUCCCCCGCCUCCCCUCGAGGAAGGGGGCGGGAGAAGAAGGAACCCGAGACAAGCGUGAACGUGAGGAGCUAUGGAUGAAUCAGCUUGGUUUUUAUGCCUGCAUGUCACCCUCAGGAAUUGAAUUGUGAAAAGAACACAAAAUGAAAAUGCUACCAGGUGUGGGGGUGUUUGGGACUGGCAGCUCAGCUCGGGUGUUGGUACCUUUGCUGAGAGCAGAAGGCUUCUCCAUUGAGGCACUCUGGGGGAAAACUGAAGAGGAAGCAAGGCAACUAGCUGAGGAAAUGAACAUUUCCUUCUACACAAGUCGGACAGAUGAUAUCUUGCUGCAUCAGGAUGUUGAUCUGGUUUGCAUCAAUAUUCCCCCACCAUUAACACGACAAAUUGCUGUGAAAGCUCUAGGUAUUGGAAAGAAUGUAAUAUGUGAGAAAGCUGCUACCUCUGUGGAUGCUUUCAGGAUGGUCACAGCUGCCAGAUAUUAUCCCAAACUCAUGAGCAUUGUAGGCAAUGUCCUGCGGUUUCUACCAGCUUUCAUCAAAAUGAAGCAGUUAAUAGAAGAGCACUAUGUGGGCAAUGUUCUGGUUUGUGAUGUGCGAGUUUACUGGGGGAGCCUUCUCAGCCACAAGUACAACUGGAUCUGCGAUGAGCUGAUGGGCGGGGGCGGGCUGCACUCUAUGGGGACUUACAUCAUAGACCUCCUCACUCACCUGACAAGCCGAAAGGCGGAGAAAGUCCAUGGGUUGCUGAAAACCUUUGUGAAACAAAACUCUGCCAUCAGCGGCAUUCGCCAUGUCACCAGUGAUGACUUUUGCUUUUUUCAGAUGCUGAUGGCAGGAGGCAUCUGUAGUACAGUGACUUUGAACUUUAACAUGCCCGGGUCAUUUGUCCAUGAGGUCAUGAUUGUUGGGUCAUCUGGACGUCUUAUAGCACGUGGCACAGAUUUGUAUGGCCAGAAGAACACUGCUCCCCAGGAAGAACUCCUGUUUGCAGACUCUUUGAAUGUUCAUGCAGGGCUUUUGGAAAAAGGAUUGAAAGACAUACCCCUUCUGUAUCUUAAGGGGAUGGUAUACUUGGUGCAAGCAUUACGUCAUUCUUUCCAGGACCAGGAGGACCAGCGAACCUGGGAUCCCAAGCCAGUUGCAAUGGCGGCUUCUUUUGAAGAUGGCCUCUAUAUGCAAAGUGUAGUAGAUGCCAUUAAAAAAUCCAGCAGGUCUGGGGACUGGGAAACUGUAGAGGUAAUGACUGAGGAGCCAGAUGCCAAUCAAAAUCUUUGUGAGGCACUACAGAGAAAUAACCUAUAAUAGAAACAGCCUUGGAAAGCAGAACAAUUGGAAAUGUAUCCAUCUUAACCAUUUCUGCACAUUUUGUUUCCUGUUGGGGUGGGCAUGCCGGGAGGAAAAAUAAUGGGGAAUUAUACUUGUGGGUAAACCUCUAAGGACUAUGCUUCUGGUUUUAAAGCUCAAAAGAGUUUUAAACAUUGUGGGUAUGCGUCUCAUUAGCUAAACUUACUAUUUUAAAGAUAAACUUACUGAAUUCUGUGUUACUCGUAAAACUUGAAUUGCCCUUUGCACUCAGCAGUGGCUAAGACAAGAGUGGAGUCUCUGCCAUUGUCUACCCUUUUGCAGGCAACUCAUGGAUGUUUUAAAACAAUGCAGUGGCAUGGAGUGCUAGAGAAAGUUACCACGUUCUGAGAGGAACUCAAGUUGUCUCUUAGAAUUCUUAGUGUUAAAAAACCUGCCCAGAGUCUUAACAUUCAUUCUGUCGGGAUUAAAGGGAAAAAUUGUAGCCUUUCUAGUUCAGAGUUAAGCUAGGUGUUACACACCUGUAUUUUUAAUUCUCCCAGUUUGCAUAUAAAGUACUGGGGCUUAUUGUAGCAGUCAAGAAGGAUGUCAGGAGGGAAGGAUGCUGAACUCUCCCAUGCCUUAACCUGUGCAGUGAAUUGCUCCAGAUUUUUCAUACUGUUACUGGAAACCAGUUGGGAAUAGAGGAAAAGUACUUGAAACACUAGAACAAUAGGAAGGGAGAGGAUUCUGUUACCUGUCUCCUGCACUCUUUUUGUACUUGAUUUACAAGGUAAAGAUAUGAUUCCAUCCAUCUAACCUUGGUUUCAAAUGUAGUCUAUUAACCUGAAGCAAGCUGUUCUCUCUUCCUGUUUCUAGCAUUGGAUUGCUGUGUUGAGUUCACCUGCUCUCUGUACAUGUUACUGCUUCUCUUCCCUGACAGAUGUCUGAGACUGCAGAUGUUUUGCACUUCUUUUUCUACAUUCUCUCCUGUCAUACUCAGUGCUUACAAACUCCACUACUUUGGAUCAACUCUUAUACAUAAAAUACAAGAAUUCAGGAUGCUGUUUUUAGCUGCUUGAUAGCAUAAAAGUCAAGCAAACAUCCAAUUUUACAUAUAAGAACAUUUUAAACAAGUCAUGUGAGCCAUCUAGCUGUUUAAUGAAUUUGGUAUGUAAUUUGUCAAGGGAUAUGAAGCUGCAUAGAAAAUAAAUAAAUAUCCCUUUGUCUUCAGUUGACUGCUAAUAGAGUUAGUUUUUUCCUAGUUUUGCUUGCAUGGGGCACAAUCCUAUGGACUCCUGACAUUGCCUGGGAGACUAUAAAAGUAUCUGGACCCCCAGCUCUGAGUUUCUGUUGCCUUGAAGCUGGGACUCUGCCCCCCUCCCCCCUGGUGGCUUAAAAAUUGCUUUGGCUGCUUCUUCAGAGUCAGAAAUAGGCCUCAGGAAGAAAAGAUAUGCUGGGAUGGAAAGGGAAAGAGACUUGGGCCCAGUGGCUUACACUUAUUCAAGUGGUGCCACAGCUUCCUUCCCUCCCUCUCUACAGUGCUUCACCUAGAUAACUGAAAAUGGCUGCCUAAAUGAAAUUCAGGCUGUGAAGUGCAGGGCACUGGAAAUUUCUGCCACAAUGUCAUGCACUGUACAUGGAAUGCAUGUAAGCCUCUGAAUUCAGAAGCUUACUUGCACUGAGUGUGGAGGGCAUUUGAUUGUGCCCUAAAUAGAUUUAAUCUAAACACUGGAGAAUGUUCCCUAUCCCUUCCACUUCUGUUUUGCAUUUGUGGGAAUCUUGGUGAUGCUUGUAGAGCAGAUCUUCAUGCACAGCUACCAGAUCUCCGAGUUCCUUUUCACUGGGCUGAAACCAGGGGUCGGGGGGAGCCAACUUUUGUAUGACACGUGGUUACUUGAAUUUUAAAAAUUGUUUUCCUGUUCUGUUUUCCUACUAGAUUUUAAUCCUAUAUAUUAAUAUAAAGCAUUAAUAAGCAACCUUUCUUGUGGUCUUGUAAAUGGAGGAGAAACUUGCUAUGGAAAAGAAACUUAAGUACAGAUAAAAUGCAGAACCAGAUCAGCUGCUUAUUCUGCUCCUAGGAAAAAGACCCUAUUUUUCCUCUUCUGAGCUUUUAAAGUUAUUUUUAACCAUAACAGCUGUAUCCUUAAUCCUAGCUACAGAUGUUGGUUUUGUACAAUUGUAUGAACAAUAUACAACCAUGUCUUCUACCAGAAAACCCUAAAUCCUAGUAUGUGGACUUUCAAACUUCUGUAUGUGGAAUAUAGAAGAAUUCACAAUGCUUUGGCAAUAACACUGAAAGGAAGGGGGCCAUACUAAAUGAGACAAUGGGAAUCUAAUAUGGGAUUUUCUUUCUUUUUGAAAAAAUACAAAAAAGCAGAAAUCACCUAGCCAUAGGGCUAAGGAAAUUGGAGUGGAGGAAGGAAUGAAACUCCCCUCUGCUGUGUUUCUACUCCCUAUAUGCCUCUUCUUCGACCAACCUGUUUAUAUGAAAAGGUACAGGGGAAAUUAAAACAAAGCACCCAGUAGCUCAGUCUUGAUCAAAUCUCCCUUUUAGCAGAAAUUAUGGUGAAAAUUCUGACCACAGACCUCUAUAUUUUCUAGGUCUUUCUAGUUCUUUUAGCUUUGUUAAAAAAAUCAUCAUGAAGGAAAAGUACAGGGCACACGGUAUCUGACCCUUCUGUAUUAGAGGGUCCUGCUUCUAACAUUCUUUGAUUGCUGAGCCUUUAAAAACAUCUUGUCUGUAUAUUUCCACAAUUUCAUUUAUGGAGGCUAUAAAGGAUUAUAAAAUGCA